CACCUUCACAUCAUCAUGUUCUGCUGGGGAGAUGGUUCGAGUGGACAGUUAGGUCUAAACUUUGAGAAUGUGUCUGUUCCGAUAGCAGGGAAUAUAUUCUCUGAUAAAGUCACAGAAAUUGCUUGCGGGGAGCAACACACUUUAUUUCUCACGGUAGAUGGCAGGAUCCUAUCAUGUGGGCGCAAGGGACAACUUGGCAGACAGAGGAACAUAAAUUCAAAACUACCAGCCCCAGUGGAGGGUCUGGGGGCAGUGGUCUCUGUGGCUUGUGGUCAGGACCACUCUGUUGCUGUGUGCGCGUCAGGACAGGUGUACUCCUGGGGGGCAGGGGGUGAGGGACAGCUGGGCAUCGCCCUUACUACUGUCUCCAAAGCCCCCAGGCCAAGACCAGUUCAAAUACCUUCGCCCUUGCCGAUAACAGUGAUACAGGUUGCUUGUGGAAAUUCCCAUUCUUUGGCCCUGACUAAAGGAGGACAAGUGUUCUCAUGGGGUCUGAACAGCCAUGGACAGCUGGGCCUGGGGAAGGGAGUCCCUCUGCAGCCUAUACCUGCUCUGGUGCGCCCCCUCACAGGGGUCCCAGUGACCCAGGUAGCAGCUGGAGGAACCCACACUCUGGCCCUCACCCUCCCAGGCCUGGUCUACUGCUGUGGGGCGAACAGGGCUGGGCAGCUGGGACUCAACCGUGUGGAUGAGAAAGGCCGGUUCAACAUCUGUUCUGUGCCUGCUCUCAGAGUCUUGGGGGUUUCCUUCAUCAGCUGUGGAGAGGCACAUUCUGCUGUUCUCACCAAGGGUGGACAGGUGUUCACCUUUGGAGAGGGAAGCCGAGGCCAGCUUGGGCACAACGCAUCAGCUAACGAACUCCUACCCAAACUGGUAGAGGGUAUGGAUGGACUGGCCUCACAGAUAGCAUGUGGCAGCCAUCACACCCUGGUGCUGGGGUCCUCAGGUCAACUCUGGGCCUUUGGCAGUGGGGUCAAAGGUCAGCUAGGGACUGGCAACACAGGGGGCAGCUUGCAACCCACCUCAGUGCUGCUGAAAAGGGAUUCUGGUGGGGCAGCAACAGUCAUACACAACGACAUGAAGAUAUCAGUGGGAUGGAAUUCAAACUUCAUUUACACUGCUGAGAGUUCUGAAAGAGAACAGCCAAUCGGGAGGUUAGAUAAAGCCAAGCUGCAAAAAUGGCUGUCGAUGGAGCAAGGAAAUUCAGAGGCGCAAAGAGAAAUAUCCUUGAUGUUCUCAACAAGUUCAAGUCUGGUGGCCAGUUUCACCAAAGCCAGUGAGAUUCCACAAGCAGCCGGAGCUUUGACAGUGGACCUAGAAGCUGCUAGCCAGGUUUUCGACCAGCUACUGAACAUACCUUGGAUUAGGAAAUCAAUAAAUAUUGAGCCACUGGUGGACAAUAUUUGCAGUUCAGCAGCUGUCAUCAAGUCACCAGAGAUCUUUAUGCUACUACCCACAAUUUCUCUUCUCCAUGAGGACCUCAGCGUCAUGAAGAUGGUCUUGGCUUUAUCUAUAGUUAUCGUUGAACAUCUGAAUGACACGGCCAUAAAAACAUUAAAAGAGUGGUGGUCCUCAAUGGAGACAAACAUCAUGACUAAGCACAUUCUGAUGUGGAAGAAUGCCCUGUCAUUCAUGCUGAGGAACGGUCUUCUGGCUACCCACAACCCUGGAGUCAAAUUCCUGCUGGAAGCCCUCAAGUACCUCCACAGAGCAAACAAAAGGGCCGGAAGAACCCAGGAAGUUCCUGCCAGUACCUUUUAUGUGGAAGAGAUCAACAAUGUGAAUCUUUGGCGCUUUUGGUCAACAAGGGAGGACACAGAGGUGACACCAGUCAUCUUUUGCCGUUACCCAUUUGUGUUGAGUCUGAUCUGCAAGAUGGACAUUUUCAACAGCAAUGCACUUUUUACUAAGGUGGUUCACCGUCUCACCCACCUGCAAACAGUGAUGUAUCCUUCUGGAACGUUCCCAGACAACCCAGAAUCUCCCCCUGCUCCAGUCUUCCAGUUGACCUUAAGGCGCCCGUCACUCAUCGAAGACACCUUCAGACAACUGGGUGCUGCAGAUCAUGACUACUUCCAGAGAGAACUUGUGGUGCAGUUUAUGGAGGACAUGAAGCUGUCGCUCGUCAACAUAAGGGACUUUUUCCUCCAUGUGUUUGAAGAGCUGUUGGCACCAGAGUCUGAGAUGUUCAUGUACAACGACACCAAGACACUGGUCUGGUUCCCUGCCAAGCCCAGAGUGGAGGAGAAGAGCUACUUCCUGUUUGGUGUCUUGUGUGGCAUGGCCCUGUACAACCACAACAUUGUACACCUGCCCUUCCCUCUGGCCCUGUUCAAGAAGAUGGUGGGGGUCAAGCCCUCACUGGAGGACCUGAGAGAGUUUGACCCUGUUGUGGGAGGGAGUUUGCGGUACCUCUUGGAGGACUACACUGAUGAUGAUGUUGAAGAAAACCUGGGCAUGACCUUCACCGUGAUCUGGGAUGACCAGAAGGUGGAGCUGGAUCCCAAAGAAACAGGAAAACCAGUCACAAGUUUUAACAAGAAGCAGUUUGUUGAUGCCUAUGUGAACCUUGCCUUCAACCAAUCAGCGGAGAAGGUGUUUGAAGAGUUCAGGAGAGGCUUCUUCAAGGUGUGUGACAGGGACGUGGUGGAGUUGUUCCAGCCUGAGGAGCUCAGGGGAGUCAUGGUGGGGAAAGAGGACUACGACUGGGACACGCUCAAACAGAACACUGUGUAUGAUGGAGAGUACCAUGCCAGACAUCCCAACAUCAUCACAUUCUGGGAGGCUUUUGAGGAACUGACAGAUGACCAAAAGAAAUCUUUCCUCCUGUUCCUGACGGGCUGUGAUCGCGCUCCCAUCCUGGGCAUGGACAAGAUUCAGAUGAAGGUAGCGAUCCUGCAGAAGUCUACUGAACUACAUUUCCCAGAAUCCCUUACCUGCCACUUCCUACUGCUGCUGCCCAUCUACCCCUCCAAGGAGAUGCUGCUGGCCAGGCUCAAAGAGGCAGUGGCCCACAACAGAGGCUUCUGGAAGGAGUAAUGGACACUAUAUAUAGGCUACUGCUGUGUUCAUCAUUUCAUUCAAUGUGUUUCUUACAUGUCAAUAUAUCACUUCAGUUCAGCAUAGGAUUUUGGUUACAGCCUCUUUCUUGGUUCAGAUUUGCCCAUUUUUUUUCUCAAACUUUUACAUUUAGCCUUUUACCUUGGGUUUUUCUAUUGAAAGUGUGAAAAUUGCAAAUCUAGGAUAUGUAGGCCUACCCUAUUAUAGAAAAAACAUCCCUUGACUUAAUGUCUACUAAUUCUGGGUGUGAUUUUUAAAAAUAACAUUCUUAUUGAGUAAUAUACAUUCAGUAAUAUACAUUCAGUAAUAUACAUUCAGUAAUAUACAUUCAGUAAUAUACAUUCAGUAAUAUACAUUCAAGAGCCUAUUUAUUUAUGCAUGUUUUCUUUAUUGAUAUAGUGUGGCAUUUGAUGUAAUUCUACAUGUGAACAUCCUUUUUUUCUGGACACGUCUGCAUCAUCUUUUGACAUAUAAGUCUGUAUCUUGUGUUUUAUUGACGGAAUAAUUCUGUCUGUAUCUAAUAAAUAGAGAUGAUUAGUUCA